AUGUCGAGCUCAGGAUCCGGCUUCCUCGGCCGCUCGAGUAGCAGCAAUGCUAAUAUGCGUGGUCUGGUCCAAUUUAUCGCUGACCUAAGAAAUGCAAGAGCGCGCGAGCUUGAGGAGAAGCGAAUCAAUAAGGAGCUGGCCAAUAUCCGACAGAAGUUUAAGGACGGCAGCCUCAGUGGUUACCACAAGAAGAAAUAUGUCUGCAAGCUACUAUACAUUUAUAUCCUCGGCUGGAAUGUUGAUUUUGGCCAUCUCGAGGCUGUCAAUCUGAUCUCAGCCAACAAGUAUUCCGAGAAGCAGAUUGGCUAUCUCGCCAUGACGCUCUUCCUCCACGAGAAGCACGAACUGUUGCACCUUGUUGUCAACAGCAUCCGAAAGGAUCUUCUCGACCACAAUGAGCUUUUCAAUUGUCUAGCCCUCCAUGCGAUUGCGAACGUGGGAAGCCGAGAGAUGGGUGAAGCUCUAAAUGGAGAGGUUCAUAGACUUCUGAUUUCUCCAACAUCCAAGUCAUUCGUCAAGAAGAAAGCAGCCCUGACGCUCCUCCGACUAUACCGCAAGCACCCAGAUAUCAUAGCACCGCAAUGGGCGGAGCGUAUCAUUCACUUGAUGGAUGAUUCUGACCUCGGUGUGGCCCUUUCAGUCACGUCACUCGUCAUGACCUUAGCACAAGAUAAUCUGGAACAAUACAAAGGAGCGUAUGCCAAGGCCGCAGCUCGCCUGAAGCGCAUUCUCAUCGACGGCGAGUACACGACCGACUACUUGUACUACAAAGUCCCAUGCCCUUGGCUGCAGAUCAAGUUACUUCGACUCUUGCAAUACUUCCCCCCUGCAGAGGACACCCACGUUCGAGAAAUGAUUCGCGAGUCUUUACAAAAGAUCCUGAACCUGGCUAUGGAGACCAAUAAGAACGUCCAACAGAACAAUGCACAGAACGCUGUGCUCUUCGAAGCCAUCAAUCUUAUCAUUCACUUAGACACCGAGCAUGGUCUGAUGAAGCAGAUCUCAACGAGACUGGGCAAAUUUAUACAGAGCCGAGAGACCAAUGUCAGAUAUUUAGGUUUGGAGGCUAUGACACAUCUUGCCGCACGCGCCGAAACACUCGAUCCCAUCAAGCAGCACCAAGACAUUAUUCUUGGCUCACUCAAGGACCGAGAUAUCAGCGUGCGCCGUAAGGGUCUUGAUCUGCUUUACAGCAUGUGCGAUGCUACCAAUGCCCAGGUCAUUGUUGGUGAGCUACUGCAAUAUCUACAAAACGCCGACUUUGCUAUCCGAGAAGAAAUGGUCCUUAAGAUCGCCAUUCUUACGGAGAAGUACGCGACCGAUGUGCAGUGGUAUGUCGAUAUCUCCCUACGCCUCAUCGCCAUGGCUGGAGACCAUGUCAGUGACGAGGUAUGGCAGCGAGUUAUUCAGAUCGUGACAAACAACGAAGAGCUACAGGUGUACGCAGCUCAGAAUGCGCUGCAGUACGUCAAAGGCGAUCACUGCCAUGAAACCCUUGUCAAGAUUGGUGCAUACAUCCUAGGAGAGUUUGGCCAUUUGGUAGCCGAUCAGCCUCGCUGCAGUCCCAUUGAACAGUUUAUGGCCCUUCAGGGAAAACUGACAGCAUGCUCUUCAAGUACUCGUGCUAUGAUUCUUUCGUGUUUCGUCAAAUACGUCAACUUGUUUCCAGAAAUCAAGCCACAGCUUGUCCAUGUGUUCGAGUUCCACAGCCACAACCUGGACUCCGAGCUUCAACAGAGAGCUUGUGAGUACCUGACACUGGUGAAUAUGCCAACGGACGACCUCCUGCGAACACUUUGCGACGAAAUGCCACCCUUCCCCGAAAGGCAGUCUGCGCUUCUCUCAAGAUUACAUCAGAAACAUGCCAACACGAGCGACCGAAGGACUUGGGUUGUGGGAGGAAAAGAUGCCAAUGCCGACUCUAGGGAACUUAGCAUGGGAACUGGAGCACUUAAGAGGACCUUCAGCGCCAAUGUGCCUCUCAAUGGUAAACCGAACGGACAGGCUGCAACCAACGCGAACGGUCAUGGUAAUGGCGUCGCCGAUCUGGCUGGCCUUGACCUCAACGCACCUACACCAUCGGAGCCAAAGAUGCUCAAAGCCCCUAAUUUGGCCAGCGCAGCUCAUUUGUCACCGGGAUGGGAGCAAGGGUUCAACAAACUGCUGGUUCGAUCGGAUGGUGUGCUCUACGAGGAUGGCCAAUUGCAGAUUGGUGUCCGAUCUGAGUACCGUGGCCAAAUGGCUUGCCUGAUCACUUAUUUCAAGAACAAAACACCGGCAACCAUGACAUCCUUCACAACAACCUUGGACUUGGAUGAGAAUGAGAAGAGCAACCUCACUUGGGAUGUCAAGAACCUUCCUGAUAGUACCAUUGUGCAAGGUGGCCAAUCUCAACAGGUUGUUAUGUUUGAGGCGAAGAAGAUCUUCGAGAAGAGUCCCACUGUGCGCAUCAGCUACCUAGCUGGUGCUCUGCAGGCACUCACACUGAAGCUUCCUGUAUCGAUACACAAGUUCAUGGACCCAGCAGAGCUGACUGCAGACGACUUCUUCAAGAGGUGGAAGCAGAUUGGCGGUGCCCCUCGGGAGGCACAGGCUAUCUUUGGAGUCUCGGGCAAGGGUGAUAGACAGCUGACAGAGAGCUUCGUGACAAAGACUGUUGAGGGAUUCAGAUGGCGUGUGCUGGAUAUGGUGGACCCCAACCCGAAGAACGUUGUUGGUGCGAGCGUGCUUCACACAUCACAAGGAGGCAAAUUUGGCUGUCUGCUGAGACUAGAGCCAAACUACGGACAACAGAUGAUCCGAUUGACUAUUCGUGCUACGGAUGAUUCCGUGCCGGCCCUGCUGUUGAAGUACAUGCAAGAACGGCUUGCUGCGGGGAUCUCUACGGCGCCGGAUCGAUUCGAAUCACCAUCCCGAGAGCAAAUUUCAGACUCUUUCCGCAAUAUAAUGGUGAAUUGA